CAUUCAUUCUACAUCUAAGGUACUUUAGAAAUAUCAUCCAGAUCCACCAUCAAAAUGUCAAGACGCAGUGGUCGCAAUACUUUGCAAGCAAGGAAUGAAAACGCACCAGAGAUGAAUGCCACUUUGACCAGGAAAAGAAAAUCGGAGGAGUGCAAUAAAAAGAUGCCAAGUGCUGCAAAGAAGCAAAGCUAUGAGAUUCAGAACCGGUGGCCAGAAGGAGAGGUCAGUCCCUCCUGUGUCCUCAUCGAAACGCCGCACAAGGAGCCGGAAGAGACGACCAACUCCUCCUGCUUCAAGCGAUACAGAUUUAGGAAUCUUUUCAUCAAGCCGUCCCCACUCCCAAACCUCAGCUGGGCGAGCUCUGACGACGUGUGGAUUAAAAUGCUGAACAAGGAGCUGAAGUACGUCCACGACAAGAGCAUCAUGGAGAGACACCCCAGCCUGCAGCCCAAGAUGAGGGCCAUUCUGCUGGACUGGCUCAUGGAGGUGAGCGAGGCGUACUCGUUGCAUCGGGAGACCUACUACCUGGCCCAAGACUUCUUUGACCGCUUCAUGUUGUCGCAGAGCGACGUCCCCAAGCACCAGCUGCAGCUCAUUGGCAUCACCGCCCUCUUCGUCGCCGCUAAACUAGAGGAAAUCUACCCUCCUAAGCUCCAUGAGUUUGCCUACGUCACCGACGGUGCCUGUGAUGAAGAGGAGAUCUUGGGGAUGGAGCUCGUCAUGCUGAAGGGGUUGAAGUGGGAGCUGUGUCCAGAGACUGUGAUGUCAUGGCUGAAGCUCUACUCGCAGGUGGACUCCCUGAAGGAUCAAAACAACUUCCUCAUCCCCCAGUUCUCCUCAGACGUCUUCAUGCAGAUCGCACGGCUGUUGGAUUUGUGUAUGCUGGACAUCAACUCUCUGGACUUCCACUACGGAGUCAUUGCUGCUGCUGCCUUUUGUCACUUUACCUCAUUUGAAGUCGUCCACAAAGUAUCAGGUUUAACGUGGGAGAGCGUGUCGGCGUGCAUCAACUGGAUGAGUCCCUUCGUGAAGGUGGUCAGUGAGCUGAAGACGCCCGUGCUCAAAGACUUCCGCAAGAUCCCCCUGGAGGACAGACACCACAUCCAGACACACUCAGACUACCUCGGCAUGCUGCAUGAUGCUCUUUUGAGACAGGAGCCCACGACAGAAGCACACCCUCGGGAAGAGGACAGACGCUCUCCCGUCGCCAUGGCUGGUGUUCUGACCCCGCCCAAGAGCACAGAGAAGCCCGUCAGCCAAUGAUGACAAGCCUGCUUGAGAACAGUCUGAGCCAAUCGCAAGACCAAAAGCCGAAGAAGCCUCGUGUUGCCGAUGUGAUGUCGUUAUGUGUUGUGUCUUACCGAAGCGCCCUCAGAUGUGCCUGCUAUGUUGCAGAAGUGUUAGGUGGACAUGUGUGAGCCAUCUCCAUGUUCUGCUGAGGAGUUAAGAGUCUGGUGCUCUCCAAGCCAGCCUAGUCCCUAACCUGCCCCUACAGGUGGGGCUUUGUCAGUCAGGGGUUUGUGAUUUUAAGACCACACCGUUCUGUAAAACACUAAGGUUUGAUCAUAAAAAAAAAAGAAGAAAAAAGAUAAAAUGGCCAAAAGACGAGAUGCAUUUGGGGCCGCAUCUGCUGAACGCGGCCCCAGGGCGAAAUGCUGCUCAUAGCGCAGUUGACGGGAAUCAGCUGCCUAGCUCUGAACAACACAUGAUUUGUUGUAUCAUGUAUGUUUGUACUGUGUGUGUGUGUGUGGAAUGCCCAUUUCAUCUUAGGAAAAGCCCACUCGUGUAAUUGGUGCUAUAUGUAAUGCCACUGUGGCCUGUGUGUGUGUGUGUGUGUGAGAAAGGGCUCUAAAAGAUUGCAAUGUUUGUUUGUGCCCGUGGGGGUGACCUGUUUACUCUGCCCCAUGUGUUUGAAUGAGUGGGUCAUUGGCACGCAUUCGUUGUGUGGAUUGCGUUCCAUUGUCGGAAUUAACAUUCCUGGAAGACUUGACUUUAACCCUUUUUUGUUGCAAUUUUAUUUGAAAAAAGGAAGAAAAAAAAGGUGCAUAUGUGUUUUUAAAAGUUGAGAGAUUUGGCUGACUUAAUUGCCAAGCGAUUGCAUUGUAUGUAUUUAUUUUUAUAUAUAUAUAAUGCAGCAGUAUUUUUUAUUACUUUGUGUAUAUGUACAGUACCAUCUGUUUAAACAAGAAAAAAAAAGAUUUUACUCCUGAUUGCUGCCAAAGCUGCGUAUAUUUAAUUCAUUCAUUCAAUGGUUUAUUUAUGAAUUUACUACCUUUUUUUUAUUUGGAGAUGGGCCAAGGCUUUGUGAAGUAAGACGGGUGUCUGUCUUAAAACCUUUUUUUUAAUGAGGUUGGCCUCAGUUACCCCAGUUUACGAUGAUUUCAAAAGCUUAACUGUGACUCUGGGGGAUAAUGGGCCUUUAAAAGCUGUGUUAACCCCUCUUGAAAAAAUGACAUGAGACCGUCAUGCUACAAUGCCGGAGGUUUCGGGUUUUGUAAGUUACUCUGUAUAACAUAUAUAUAUAUAAUUUGUAAAUACAUUAGCUUGUGAAUGUGUACAGAUCUUAACAACAACAACAAAGAAUGUUACAAAAAAUAAAGCAUCUAAUGUGAAAUGUC